AUCCUUAAUUCAUAUCUAGCAUCACUUUUUGAGAAAAGCAUCACCCUUUGGCCAAAUUAGAGCAUAUCACAUUAUCCCCGACAUUUGAAGACAGCAUUGUAAUUCAGCAACCAUGGCGAGCUUCCUCAACACUUCCCAGAGCCUCACUCACAUAACCCCAAUCCCGUCACCCGCCACACGCACUGAUGCCAUUGCCAUGCUCCACGACCACGAGCACGUUAUACAGUGCUCCCCCGCCAUGUCCAAGUUUGAACUCAUCACGAGCCCUUGUCCUGCCCCGCUGCCUGCGGACAUUACGCCCCUCGGCGACACCAAGUGCUAUCAGGUCACAGACAUUGUCCACGCGUUGCCCGCGGGUCUUUGGGACUCGGACAUUGUCAGUACCUACGAGUUCACGAACCUCGCUGAUGGGCUUUUCGUGCGGAUUCGGAGUCCCAUGGGCAUCGUGCUCGAGACUGUGUGGACCAUAGAAGGCGAGGGCGAGGGGCCGGAGAUGAAAGAAUUCGUGACGAUCAAUUGCUCAAGGCUUCUCGCGGGGACCGUCAAGGGGCAGUGUGAGGGCAACUGGAAGGUGAUUCAUGCCAAGAUGGUCGCGGGACUUGGGAAAUGAGUCUUGUGUUGUGUGCCAUCGUCAUGUCUGUCUGUCUCUCUGUUUUGUGAGCGAAGGUGUUGUGCGACUGAAUGAGAGUACCACUAGAGACAAUAUUGGUACAGUCAAUCGUUUUGAUUUGAGGAAACCGUUCUCGAGAAUGAAGGCCCCAGGUGAGGAAUCAGAUUUUGUUUUGGCGCUGGAGUUGAUGCUAGGUGACACUCGCAUGCACACUUACUUGCCAUGGCUCGAAUUUGGAGCACAAUUGAACCACCAAGGUAAUGCCGAACAAGAUUUUGAGCUC